AUGCUUUUUCGCAGCGGCGCGUUCACCCGCCGCGAUGCAAUCCUAUUGCUAAUCGGUGCGUUGUCGAUACACCUCUGGUCAGCAUGCAUCGGUCUCCCAUCGACCACUUACUUUAAGGAUCAACCCAACCAUAUCACCACCAACCACAGGGCUGGUGUUGCCCACCGAUUUCGCACAAAAUUUCGGACGAAAACGGAGACGGUGGUGCUUACAGCGUCACCUACCUCCACGCCCACAGCUUCGCGGCCACUCCUCCCAUUCGACGGCCUCCCCUCCACCGAGCUCCUCGCGCACGCACCUGGAUGGACGCUGUUUCGAAACCUGUACAUGUCAAAUGGGACGCUAUACAUUGUUGCAGAUGAUAACGCUCGGGAAAAAUUCCCGGAGAUUAGGAUGAUGACAAGCACCGGGCUGGAAGCGGAGAAUACACCAGAAAAUAUUGCGAUGCGAGAGCCGACAGACGACAACAUACAAAUUAUAUCGCCUGAAGAAGCCAAGGAUCGAUGGGUGUCGACGACAAAUGCGAAGGGACGGGUGUUGAAUCGGGUAUGGACUGUUGAAGGCAACACGCUUCUCUUCAAUGACCCCAAACAAUUCCUGCGACAUUACUACCACUUCGUCGCCGAGCUUUUCUUUGGCGCACAGGCCUUCUGGCAUGGCGCAUUCUCUCCGCCUAUCACUCCAAAUGAGCUCGACGAUCCCUCCCCAUCCACCAGUGUGCACUUUUCCACCACCCACCCACCUGUACCACCCAUGCACCGUGCAAUCUUCGCACACAGCAACGCAGACGGCUGGCGUGACAGCCCAGGAUUCAAUGCAUACUUCCUGCGCGCGGCACUGCCCUCGCUCAUUGUCGAACAUGUUGAAGAUUGGAACGACCGGAUAGCGGCGACGGCAUUUAAAUUGGAAGAAGGGGAGCGCGCGUGGCACUUCCCGACCGUGCUUUUGGUCGAUAGAAGUGCAGCGCAUCGCGGGACGGUGUGUGGCUCACAGACACAAAGGACGGCGGCGGAGGCAUGGGAAUAUAUGCGAAGAAAGGUGAGAUUGCGAGGGUUGCACGUUGGCGGGUGGUGGGCGCCGCUGCGCGAGGCGGUGUGGCGGUUUGCUGGCGCGGAGGAGGGGAUAGAGCAGUUGGCUUUGGCACCGGUGAAGGAGGGAGGCGUAAUGCCUUUCAUGACACGAGAGGCAGAGGUGAGGGGUAUGGACACGUUUAUGCACCCAAAUGACAUCGUGAAUGUCGAUUCCAAGCACCAGAAGAUGCUUCCCUUACCUGAUAAAAUUGUCAUCAGCUACAUUAGCCGCCAAUCCGCACGGAAUCGCAAGCUGAUCCAGGAAGACCAUGAUGGCUUGGUGAAGGCAAUCCGGGAGCUUGUGGAGAGGAAAAAUAAGGAACGUGCUGAAUUCCUCGCUGGUGUGAGUGGAAAUGAGGGCACAACGGUGCCGCUGGAAUGGGAGUUCGACGAACUCAUCGCAGAGUACAUGUCAAAGGACGAGCAGGUUCGUGCAGCCGCUCGCACCACGAUCAUGUUGGGUGUGCACGGAAAUGGCCUCACACACCUUGUGUUCAUGCGCCCAACGCGCUAUUCGAGCGUCAUCGAAAUUUUCUACCCGGGAGGCUUUGCACACGACUACUACUGGACCGCACGCGCUCUCGGGAUGAGACAUUUCGCAGUGUGGAAGGAUAGAUACCGAACGUAUCCUAAUAAGCCAAAUGUGGACUACCCUAACGGUUUUCAAGGGAACUAUAUCCCUGUCGACGGUGUCUAUGUUGCGCGGCUCAUUGAAGACCGCAUUUCUGGGAAGAUCUAA